AUGACUCGAAGAGUCCAGAAGAUGGUACCACAGGAUAUCUGUACUAUGAUUUUAUGUAUGUGGAGAGCUUGGGGAUCACAAGAGUGGGAAAGCUCUGGCCGUGUGCGGACCCCUCUGGAGCUGCAUGGUUCUCUGGCCGGGUCCAAGAGGGGGGUUUUGAACCAUGCAGCUCCGGAGGUGCACGUCUCCGGCCGUGUCCCUAACAGAUAUCAUCCAUCAUACAUGUUCCACCCUCUCCGGAUAAUCUCUCACUUCAUGGCGGGCUCGUCAGUGUCAGGAUCACGGGUACCUAUAGACGGGUUCCUCAGAGUUGUACGCAGAAGUCGUACUCCACCCUACCCGUUCCCGCUUCACGAGUACUCAAACGUCACCGGAUCUCUCAAGCAUGACCUCAACAUUCGGGUAGAGGGGGUAGAGGGUGAGGGUGAUCAAGAGUAA